CUUUCUGCCCAAGCCAGAAGCUUGCAACUCAAGCUUUUGAGAUUUGCAAGUAAUAGUAUCUUGCCUAUCUCUUUCAGUUUAUAGUAGGGGCGUGGUUGACAUCCGCGCUUUGGUGGCCUUGAGGGUUUUUGCACACGUGAAAGUGAUGAAAUAGUAGUUGCCGUAUACCGCGAAAAAAGGUUUCUGAAAUCUACAUCAUAUCACCCACACUCGCAUCGAGAUCUGAAAGACGAGUAGGGUUAUGCGAUCUACCACUGCUGCUUGAAGGUCUACUGGCUGUUGAAGACGAGGAAUAAUCUACAUUUUCUCCCCUCCCCCUCCCCCAUUUCCUUCUUUCGCCCUAGCACCUACCCUAAGGGUUACUAUUUUUACUCUCCCUAAUCUUCCUCCGUCAUAAAAUCAAAGAUGGUGGUUUCAACAAUACGAACAUAAACAAGCAGCUCUCGCCCGCCCGAAGUACACCUGCACUGCAGGCUACUAGGAGACCGGAUAUUGUGGUUGUGGGAAGGAGGAUAGAGUCUGUAAGGAGCCUAUGAUGAAGAUGAUGGGCUCCUGAGUCGGUAAAAUAAUCGAUGUCGCCGCACCAGCUGACUGCAGAGUUAACUAUAGCAAAGUAAAAGUAAAAGUAAAAAAAACAAACAAAAACAAAAAACAAACGAAAAACAACAAAAAAAAGCGUAAGAUUUGAUUACAUACCAUUUUGAAGGAUAGGCUAUUAACGGUGGAUUAGGGAAUAACCAUCAGGUGGAAACGAUACGCGAAGGGGAAAAACAACCAAGCAAGGAAGUGUCUCCCCCCAAUUUUUGUAAAAAGACACCCUUUAAUUACACUCAACAGCCUUGACCCACUUCCCAAACUGUAAGAAACUAGGUCUCUCUAAUGAAAAUGAUUUAGCUUCCUGAAAACAAAUAAUUUUAGAACAGAUGCAGCUGAUCUGACCUUAAAAACAGAUUUUCGGAAGCUCACAUUAGCCUGUUUUUAAUCAUAUUAUGAACUUGAAACCAGCUGAAAAUAGUUUUACUUUGUUGAUCUUAAACUUCGAGGAUGUCGCGGCUGUUUGCUUUUUUUCCCCAAGUUUGAUUCCUGGCUAAUGUUGUUUUCAUUUAAUUUCUUUCGUUCUUCCAUUUUAUCCUCUUUUGGCUUCUAACCCGAUCUCUUACUAUUGGCCUUUUCCCGGAGACACGCAUUACUUGUAAAUUUAAUUUGUAUCUGAAAACACAGCAGGGAAGUUUCAAAAAUAGCAGAAAAAAGCUGGCACGAUAGCCAAUCUUUUAAUCCUGGUAUCGUAUAGAGUGUUUUCACUCACGUGGCCAGCAUCUAUGCAAAUUUAUUGGAACAAAAGAAAGCGUUUGCAUAAGAAAAGAGUUCACCUCCCAGAGGACUGGUUUGGGACACCAACAUGGCCGCCGUUUCAUUGUUUUGGGACACCAAUAUGGCCGCCGUGACGUCAUGUGAAAACACUCUAUAUCCGCUGAAACAGUUUCUAGCAAACCCUGCUUUGUGUCAGUCAAACCCGCCUUCCCGAUCCUCUCGCAGUCAGUCAGUCAAAAUGACUGCUCAGAAACAGAAAUUGCCGUCCUUUACCUCAAUUCUGUCUGUUCUGUCGAUUGUGUUUUACUGCGCCGGUUUUCUGAGAGUAGAAUUGGAGCUGAAACAACAGAAGAAGAGAAUAAACACUCUUGAAAGCGUCGGAGAGACCAAGACAAACUUCAACUUUCUUGACCUCGUAACAAGGAGCAAGGAAAUCACUCUUAGUCAGUUUUGAUAGAAAAUACUGAGAAUUACAACUUUCCUUUGAGGCUUUAAUGAUUAAACAAUCAUGGGCAACUUUUAACCACCUGUCCAACGAGCAAAAUUAGAGCUAAAUAGCCACCAAACAGCUAUCUAGAAGUCAUCAAUUGAUGCACGUUGUUCGCUGCCCAGCCAGAAGAUCUGAACGAACUCAUCAAAAUGCAAACAUAUGACUUGACGCGAGGAUGAACGUAUAUUUUUCGAUAUGAUUUGCCCUGACCACCGAACCACUACAAAUACGUAGGCCUCAAACUUGGACUGGAUCCCUUACUUAUUUCUCGCUCUCGUUCUCUUAAUUCAAAUCCUCCUGUAUAUUGUUCUAGUCGCUUCUGACCAUAUCUGAAAACUGUUUAUUUGAGAGAUGAUAAUUUUUUGAGUAUUUUAAUACUAAAUGAAUUAGCAACUGCCAGUUGGGCGGAGCCAGCAGAUUAAUGGCUCGCUAGUGAUUAGUGACAUAACAAAAAACGAUAAAGGAAUUUACAUCUGUGUCGCAACAAGUGCAGGGGUGUUAAAGGCGGAAGCUGUAACUUAUACUGAGGUUAAGAAAGGUAUUUCAACUUGAAUACACUUUAAAACUGAAUAUAAACUAUUGUUAUAAACUCCAAAACAAGAAACCAAACCAUAUAAGGACCAUUUAUUUACCCAGAGUUUUUGUUAAAAUGCGAGAAACACAGUCGAUAUACUAAAAAUCGUCAAACAACAACAAAAAUGACAUAAAAAGAAAUUAUAUCAGGACGAAGGUGAGAGAUUUUAGAAUAAAGGAAAAUCUAAUCGAAGCGGCAAUAAUUCUUUUUACUACCUUCCGCACAAAGGAUUAAGAAUAAAUAACAGGGAAAUUACAUUAUACAGGAUCCAUGACCAUAGGCUCCUGUAUGAUAUGAUAUUAUAAGGGACUCGUUGUUUUUUUAAAAGGGAUAACAAAAACGGGAACGAAGGUUAAGAAAGGCGGAAGGACUAUUAAAACCUGAAACGUAAGAAUUCAAAUAAAAGAAGUUGGGCCCUAGGUAAAAUUUGAAAAUAGAAAAAAAAUUGAAAUACCCAAGAAAGAGUUUUAUGAACAUAUGAUAUUGCUUUUUUAAACGGUCGGUUCACAGCGCUGCCAUGGUAUCCCCGAUUUUAUCUACCUACAUGCUACGAUAUAGAAAUUUGAUUGAGAACCCUUUAUGCAUAGUGCUUGAUUGCUACAAAGUUAAAAAUACUUCUACCUUUCUUUAGAUGCUCUCAGCUCAUCCAGCAUCCUUGACAGCCAUGGCAGCAAGUACCGGGCUAAGUUGAAUUCAUAUUUAGACCCAGGGCUCCAGACUACAGGCCGCAGCAGGUUUGUGAGGUGUUGGCACGGUAAGACAGAUGGUUGGGCGGCAUCAACAUUUCACAGCAACUGUGAUGGAAAGGGUCGCACUGUAACCAUCAUCCAAGUUGGUAGUUACAUAUUUGGUGGAUAUACUGACAAGUCUUGGUUCAGUCACAGUAAGUACCAAUAA